CAGCUUAGCAGCAGCUUGAAGGGCUUGCUGUGUAUUAAUCAGGGGGAAAAAAAGGGCUACUGGUAUUUCUUCUUUUGUUGUCUUUUCUUAAGAAGAGGCAGAGGAAGACAAGGAGAUAACAAAGAAUACAUUUCCUUUCUAAAGGAUAUCCCUUUGUCUUUUUUUCCUGCAACAAUGUCAGUUUCUGGAAAGAAGGAGUUUGAUGUGAAACAGAUCCUAAGGCUACGCUGGAGGUGGUUCACUCACCCCUCACAAGGCUCCACAGGCACCGGAGGCUGCCUGCAGCAGGAAGGAUAUGAACAUAGAGGAACACCGGUUCAGAACAGGUUGAAGAGUCACUCUCGGGAGAGAAAUGGGCUGAAGAAAAACAACAGUCCUGUUCACCACAAUAUACUGACACCGGUACCAGGUCCAACCCCUGUACACCACCGAUCUAUUCAAACCUGGCAUCAGCAAAACCUAUUAGAACAACUACAGACUAAUGAGGAUAUCCACAAAGCAAACACAGAAGAAAAUUUUAUCAAGGAGGUUUCAAGGAAAAACACACAGGAUUUGCAGAUGAUCACAGAGGAAAACACAGAUAAAUCCACUGAGAGAAUUUCAAUAACAAACUGUUCACCAACUGUAAUGAACACCGGUGGCUCAGAUGAAUACUUCCAAUCUACAAACCAUGCAGAACAGACAUUCCGCAAAAUGGAGAACUAUCUCCAGCAAAAACAGCUGUGCGAUGUUCUUCUCAUUGUUGGAGAACACAAGAUUCCAGCUCACAGGUUGGUUCUUAGUGCUGUAUCUGAUUAUUUUGCGGCAAUGUUUACUAAUGAUGUGAGAGAAGCAAAACAAGAAGAAAUCAAAAUGGAAGGGGUAGACCCAGAUGCACUAAAGGCUCUGGUGCACUAUGCUUAUACAGGUAUAUUAGAGUUAAAGGAAGACACUAUAGAAAGCCUGCUAGCUGCAGCUUGUCUUCUACAACUGUCACAAGUCAUUGAGGUGUGUUGCAACUUUCUUAUGAAGCAACUCCAUCCUUCAAACUGCUUAGGGAUUCGUUCAUUUGGAGAUGCUCAGGGUUGCACAGAACUCCUGAAGGUGGCACAUACUUAUACUAUG